GCUCAAUUUCUCCGGUAUCCUCUACCAUGGUGUUCCCGAGAAGCCACCAAGCGUUACAAUCGUGCAGAGCAUGGACUCGAGGCUUCCACUCCACAUCCAUUCACAAUGGCCAGAACUAUGUGGAGAAAAUCGCACAGACAUGCGCCGUCGGCCUUGAGGAGGGCGCCAUAGUAAAGUCAGGCGACUUUGUUUCGAUUUGCCCUACGUACGUAAUGACCCACGACAAUACAGCGGCAGUCAUGAAGAAAUUCAAUGAGCUGAAAGUGAGCAAGAUGAGCAAUCCUUCACAAGUGGUGAAUACACUUGAUCACAAUGUUCAAGAUAAGUCAGAUGCUAAUCUGAAGAAGUAUGCAGAUAUCCAAGCGUUUGCCAAAGGCCAUGGUGUCGAUUUCUAUCCAGCAGGUCGAGGGAUCGGUCACCAGGUCAUGUGUGAGGAAGGCUACGUUACACCAUAUGCAAUGGUGGUUGCAAGUGACAGUCACAGUAACAUGUACGGCGGCCUAGGCGCUCUGGGAACUCCAGUCGUACGCACUGAUGCUGCCGCUAUUUGGGCCACCUCGCGUACAUGGUGGCAGGUGCCAAAGGUCACCAAGGUGCAGCUGGAAGGUAAGCUGAAUGGUGGUGUUACCGGCAAAGAUCUGAUCAUCACUCUCUGCGGCCAUUUCAACAAAGAUGAGGUACUUAAUCAUGCUGUAGAGUUCACUGGCCCAGGCGUCACUGCGCUCUCAGUAGACGACCGCCUCACCCUUGCGAACAUGACAACCGAAUGGGGAGCCUUGGCCGGAGUGUUUGCUCCCGACAGUGCUACCUUUGAAUGGCUCGAAAAACGAACGCGAUUUGUCGCCCUGAGGGGUCCUGCAGGAGUGCCUUCGGACAAAACAACUUCAGGGGAAUGGACACAUCCUCGCUUGAAUGAGACAGCCAUCCAGGCCAUACGCGAGAGGGCACCUGCCAUGGCCGCAGACGCCGAUGCACAUUACGAUCAGGUGAUCACCAUAGACUUGUCCACGGUCAGUCCUCACAUCUCCGGCCCAAAUCAUGUCAAAGUUAUGUCGCCUAUCAGCGAGAUGAUGAAGGAGAAGAAGAAGGUACACAAGGCAUACUUAGUGUCCUGUGUAAAUUCGCGCGCCUCAGAUAUUGCAGCUGCAGCGGCGGUUGUGCGUGGCAAGCAGAUACACGAGGAUGUCGAUUUCUAUGUUGCCGCUGCUUCGAGUGAGGUGGAAGCGGCAGUGACAGAUUCCGGAGAUUGGCAGUCUUUGAUGGACGCUGGGGCGAAGGCUCUGCCACCUGGGUGUGGGCCUUGUAUUGGGCUGGGCGCAGGUUUACUCGAAGACGGAGAGGUGGGUAUUUCUGCCACCAACCGGAACUUUAAGGGACGCAUGGGAUCAAGGAAUGCGGAAGCGUACUUAGCCUCACCCGCCGUAGUUGCGAGUAGUGCGCUUGCGGGAUAUAUUACAUCCAGCCCCGAAAUGGAAGGUGCCCAAUACGGAGAGCUUGUAGCUACCUUGGAGAAAUCGCAGAAGGUUGCAACAGAAACACCAAGCGUUACGAUAGACCCAGCAUUCCCGGCAAGUAUGACUGGAAACAUACUGUUCUGUCACCAAGACAACAUUAACACAGAUGGCAUUUAUCCAGGCAAAUACACGUAUCGGGAAGACAUUUCACCCGAGGACAUGGCCAAGGUCGCGAUGGAGAACUACGACACCGGCUUCCAGGGACUUGUUCAACAAGGGGAUAUACUCGUUGGCGGCUUUAACUUCGGAUCCGGUAGUAGUCGUGAGCAGGCCGCCACAUGUCUUAAAUAUGCAGGAAUACAGCUGCUGAUUGCAGGUAGUUUCAGCGAGACGUUUAAAAGGAAUGCGCUCAACAAUGGGGUUUUAGUAAUUGAGAUUCCUGAGCUCGUAUCAGAUCUUCGGAGUUCACUCGGCGAGUCGAAGAAUACAGCGCGCACUCCCGAGGCAGCUAAUAUAAGUUUCGCUAACUCGACGAUCAAAUACGGAUCAAAAACUUACACCUUCAGCCCCGUUGGCGCGGUGGCUCAGGAAUUAAUUCUUGUCGGUGGACUAGAGAACUGGGUGAAGAAACAAAUAUAGAUAUCUCAUGGGAAAACCGGUUGUUGUUGUCAAGCAUGAGAGAAACAAGAAUAUAUAAAUAUUAGGCACUUGGAAAUAACAAAUCGCAAUCGAUGUAAAAUAUCCAAAGAG